UUGUUGUCCCUGGCGGCCUUUCACGAUUUGCGCUUCGUUCCGAUUUGGGGGGAAAUCGAACCGUUGUCGACGACAGUUUGUUCCUUCUGAGUUGAAAGUAGCACGAAGAUCCUUGGGGCCAGCAUAAAACCCAGACUGUACGAUGGGGGUUCACCGUCAAAAUUUUGGAUCCUGUUUAUUCGCACCAUAACAAUUUAGUUAUGUUUAUUGCGGAUUCGUCACGCCUCAUGCUAUCAUCACUGCUUCUUGGCGUUAUGGCCGGUAGAACAGCUGCAUUCAAUAUGUCAUCCAACAAGAAUCUGGCCGUCUACUGGGGUCAGAAUUCAUAUGGAGCCUCCAAUUCCGAUGACACUGCUCACUGGCAGCAGAGACUUUCUUAUUACUGCAAGGACAAUGUCAUCGACACCUUUCCGAUAGCCUUCCUCGUUGAUAGUUAUGCGGAAGGCAAUCUCCCGUUGAUCGACUUGGCGAAUACUUGCAACUCCGGAAAUGCCAACUAUUUUCCAGGGACUGGCUUACUGAAUUGCUCGUUUCUUGCCUCGGACAUCAAAGCGUGUCAGGCGGCAGGAAAAGCGGUCACCAUCUCGUUUGGUGGCGGAGCUGGACAUAUCCAGUUUAGGAACGACUCUCAGGCCACUGCUUAUGCUAAGACAAUAUGGAAUCUCUUUCUGGGUGGAAAGAGCAAGACGCGUCCGUUUGGAUCUGCAAUUCUCGACGGAAUUGACAUGGACAUCGAGGGUGGUUCGCAGACAGGCUAUGUUUCCUUUUUGACUGAACUUCGGAAACUUAUGAACCGGGGAAAGAAGAAGUAUUAUAUCACUGCUGCACCCCAGUGUCCUUUCCCAGACGCUUACAUCGGUAGCACACUGAAUACAGUGGGAUUUGAUGCAGUAUAUGUCCAGUUCUACAACAACUAUUGCGGUCUGCAGCAUUACAAAAAUCGGAAUGACUGGAACUUUGCCACCUGGGACAACUGGGCAAAAAGCGUCUCACCCAAUCAUGACAUUAAGGUUUAUAUCGGAGCACCCGCGUUACCCGCUGCGGGAUCUGGCUAUGUCAACUCCAAGACUAUCACGUCAAUAAUUCGGCAGACUCAGUCUAAAUUCUCUUCCUUUGGCGGCGUGAUGUUAUGGGAUGUAUCGGAUGCGUAUGGGAAUCAUCGCUAUGACAAAGCAGUCAAAAAAGCUUUGAAAAAUUGACGAUGGUUCUGCUCAAUAGACGAAUCCGAGUGUGACAAGCAAAACCUAUCACAAAGUGCGCGGUAUUACUCAAGAUGGACCG